AUGGCUGCUUGUGUGUUGCAUGGUUGCAUAUAUGGUGCACUGAUGGUAAUUCAGUGCCAUUGCCUAUAUUCAUGCCUUUACAGAGGGAAAUUGAGAGCCAAAUAUAGGUUACCAUCUGAGCCUUGUAAUGACUAUUGCAUUCACUGCUGCUGUGAGCCAUGUGCUCUUUGUCAAGAGCAUGCUGAGCUUAAAAACAGAGGCCUUGACCCCUCCAAAGGUUCUGCACUAAAACCCUCAUACAGUUUUCUUUAUCUCUGA